UUAUUUUGAAGGUACGGAGCUCGUACUUCCUUCUGCCCAAACGAACCCUGGUCGCCGUCUGCCGACGAACGGACUUCGCUUUGGAGUAAUUGGGCGAAAAGGAAAUGAACUCUGUCGAAAAGAAGCUGGCGGAGCUCGUACGUGAACACCCGAAUCUGUACGACCAGUCGCGGCGGGACUACAAGGACAGCAUGAGGUGGCACGUGUCGUGGAGAGAGAUCGCGGGCAUCAUGGGGAGGUCGGAGGACGAGGUGAAGCUGAAGUGGAAAAACCUGCGCGACAAGUUCUGCAAAGCGAAGAAGCGGAUGGCGAAGAGAAACGCCCCCGCGCCGCUCGACGAGGAGAACCAGCUGGAGAGGCCCGUCCCGCUGCUGUUCCACCAGCUGGCCUGGCUCAGCGCCUUCGUCAGGCCCCGAGUGGAAGGUGGCGGCGAGGUAGCAGGAAGUGGUGAUGACCUGGAGAAAGAGCACGAUAAAGACGAGAAGGAGCAACAUGCUCCCAUGCCCGUCGUUAGUACCAGUUUUUCUCUCACGGAGUCCUGUCCAGCCAGCCGCCAGGAGAUGGCAGUCUGUCUUAAACGUAAGAGGCAAGCACACACAGGAACUAAGAUGCGUUCUGCAGAUGCUCUCACCAACGUCAGAGAUGAAGACGAGCUGUUCCUGCUCAGCCUGCUGCCCUCGCUGAAGAGGCUGACCAUUAAAAAAAGAAUGGAGGUGCGGAUGAAGUUCCAGCAGGUGCUUUAUGUUGCAGAGUUUGAGGACUGAAAAGCCCAAAAAGGCAACGCAAAUUGGUUUGCCAUAUUUAUGGAUUAUGAUUUAUUAACCUUUUAAAUAUAUUUGUUUUUUGUUGUUGUUUUUUUUGGUGCAAUGUCAUUGUUAAAAUAUAUCAAAAUGAACAGAAAAUGUAUGUAUGCAAGUUUGAAUCUUAGCGGUGGAGCAGAUUCAUUCUACUUUUAAAACUAGCUCAAACAGGUAUUAGUUAAUGAGGUGCAUAUGUAUGUACAGUAACAUUUAAUGCAAUGCAAUACAACAUCCCCUCAGUAACUCCCUCUUGACUGAACCUGAAAGUGUUCAUCUAGUUUUUGAAACUGUAUGUUGUGAAAUUGAUGUAACGGACUGAAUUACAUUAUUUUUUUAAAGAUAUUUUUGGGGCAUUUUUAAGUCUUUAUUGACAUGUUAUUGACUUUAUUGAUGGGACAGCUGUUAGCUGGAGAGAGUGGCGAAGAAAUAGCAAAUAGCUGAGGUUGUAACUGAACCCCCGGCCGCUGCAGAAGGAUUCAAGCCUCCUUACAUGUUUCUUGUUUUUACCCAUGUGUAUCACAUUCUGAAAGGGGCAGUAAGCGAUUCUAAAGCACUACACAUUUUGUAAGAAUUAGCGAAUAUUUCCUCACCGUCCAUUAGCUCUCGCUUCUGUUUUUGCCUAGAAAAAAUGUUUUGGCCUAGUGGUUAGUGCGUCUGACUCCCAUACCGAGGUCACGGGUUCGCAGCCCGGCCAGAGCAGUGAAAUCACACCAACAACAAAGAGAGAAGCAAACAAAAUCACCAAGUGCCCCUUUAAUGUUUUGUUUCACGCAUUUAUUAGUUAUGGGAAUAGGGCUAACCCCGUUGAAAUGAAACUCAGAGUAAUGAACUAGCUGAAAUUUUGUUUGGAGCCAUUGGUUCACUAAGUGUGAAGUGUUCUUUUAUUUUUUACAGUUAGAACAAUUACACAAAAGUCUAAUUUAUUAACUUGGUUGAUGUUGCUGGAGCCAGAUAAAACCCAGAGAUUAACAGAAGAGGUUUUUGUUUAACAUUUUAUUUUUAAACGACUGCAAAUACGAAAACAUUUUUUCUUAACAUUCAAGCUACAAAUUAUGGAUCCAAAAUGAUUCUGCUAAUCAACCAUGGUCUGGUUCAUGUCAUUUUUGUAGAUCAGAUUAAGCUCGCUGACGGAGCGUUAGUAGCUCUCCUUUAUCUUUCUGAAAGGACACAUUUCUACUGAAUAUAUUUCACAAAUAAAUCUUUUCAUGCUCAUGAAAA